CUGAAAGAAGAAAUCAUCUCAUAAGAAGGACACUGUCUAUCAAGGAAAGGAAUCAUGAAGACUCUGCUCUCACUCUUCUGUCUGGUUUCUUACCUGACCUGUGCUCUGAGUGCUAAUGGCUGGCCAGUCUCUCUUGACAUGUCUUGUAAUAAAGCUCUUUCUGCAGUUGCUUGCUCUUUUGAGUUUACCAACAAUGCAAAUCAGGAUCUUUAUCUACUGAAACGUAACACUCCUCUUGAAGGACUCAGAUCUCCAUUUGUUUAUGUCUCUCUUGACGGUCGUCCACUGAAAUAUGAAGGUAUGUAUGUGCGUCGUGCCCCUCCUACAAAGGAAAAUUUUGUUCUCUUGAAGGCAGGUGAAAGUAUUUCUGCCACAAUCCAAAUCACCAAUGCCUUUAGCAUUCAUACUGAUGGUCUCUACACUGUACAAUACAGUAGACCUUUACAGUAUCUGUCAGUGAAUGAGAUGAGUGCAAUGUCUAUUGAUCAGCUCAAGGAAUCGUUUGUACAUAAAUCCGUUCAACUUUACUUGAAAGACACUUCCGUUCUCUCGAAACCAAAGAGACAAGAAGUAAAAAUCGAUUACACUGUCCAUCUCCAAUCCUGUAGCAGUGCCAGUUUUUCUGGUGGCAAAAAACAGAACAGAGCAACACUAAGUGCUCAUAAGAAGCUUUGCUCUGGAUCUGAUACAGCUAAAGGUAAAGUUGGCAAAGGUAUUGGCAUAUCUACUACAUGGUUUGGUAAAUAUAAUGCUAAAAGGACAGCUAAGGCUAAGAAAGUAUAUACAGAUAUAAAAAGUGGACUAACUAAAACUGCUGUAACAUACUACAACAAUGGCCCAGAUUGUGAAGAUAACUACUAUGCCUAUGUAUGGUCAAAUAUUAAAGACACUGUCUAUCUUUGUAACCUGUACUACAAAAUUCAAACGUCUUGCAGUAAGACUAAAGAAAGCAAGGAGGGUACUCUGCUUCAUGAAUGGUCCCACAGUUUUGCCAGUACUAAUGAUAUUGAGUAUGGUCGUACUGAUUGCAAGAAUUUGGCUAAAAACAAGCCCAGUAGAGCAGUCAAAAAUGCUGAUAGCUAUGCGUAUCACUAUUGUGAUGCUCAGUAAUGGAGCUCAUCAGCUAAAAGCCAAGAACUUUAGGACUCAUGCAACACUAUAGGA